GAAAAUGUUUAUCGGCGGCCUUAGCUGGGACACUACAAAGAAAGAUCUGAAGGACUAUUUCUCUAAAUUUGGUGAAGUUGUAGACUGCACUCUGAAGUUAGAUCCCAUCACUGGGCGAUCAAGAGGCUUCGGCUUUGUACUCUUCAAGGAAUCGGAGAGCGUAGAUAAGGUCAUGGACCAGAAGGAACACAAGCUGAAUGGAAAGGUCAUUGAUCCAAAAAGAGCUAAAGCCAUGAAAACAAAAGAACCUGUUAAAAAGAUUUUUGUUGGCGGCUUAUCUCCAGACACACCUGAGGAGAAAAUAAGGGAAUAUUUUGGAGGUUUUGGUGAGGUUGAAUCGAUAGAGCUUCCCAUGGACAACAAAACUAACAAGAGGCGUGGAUUCUGCUUCAUUACUUUCAAAGAGGAGGAACCAGUGAAGAAAAUAAUGGAAAAGAAAUACCACAAUGUUGGGCUUAGUAAAUGUGAAAUAAAAGUAGCCAUGUCAAAGGAACAAAACCAGCAGCAGCAGCAGUGGGGGCGUCGAGGAGGGUUUGUCGGGAACGCUCGAGGAAGAGGUGGAGGCCCUAGUCAAAACUGGAACCAGGGAUAUAGCAGCUACUGGAAUCAGGGGUAUGGCAACUAUGGCUACAACAGCCAAGGAUAUGGAGGUUAUGGAGGAUAUGACUACACUGGUUACAACAACUACUAUGGAUAUGGUGACUAUAGCAAUCAGCAGAGUGGUUAUGGGAAAGUAUCUCGGCGAGGUGGUCAUCAAAAUAGCUACAAACCAUACUAAAUUAUUCCGUUUGCAACUUAUCCCAAACAGGUGGAGACACAGUAUUUUCUCAUUUGAAGAUUCAUUUGAGGUGGCACAUGCUACCUGCUAAUAGCAGUUCAAACUAAUUUUUGUAUCAAGUCCAUGAAUUGGAAGUAAGACGUUGGGUCCCUCUGAAGUUUAAUUGAGUUUUCAUUAAGACAAAGUUGCUUUCAGGGUCUUAUUUCUUAACUGCUAUGCUUAAGAAUCAAUUUGUUUUAUGCCCCUUCCUCAGUAUUGUAGCGGAAGUCUUGUGUUCAAAAGCCCAGUGUGACAGUGUCAUGAUGUAGUAGUGUCUUACUGUUUUUUUAAUAAAUCCUUUUGUAUAAACGUG